AUGACUGCCCUCCUCGAGUCUCUCAGCGCCGAGCUGAGUUCGCUGGGCGACGAGUUCCAAGACCUGUUCCUGCAUGUCCAGCAUGCCCCAAUCUCCUUCAUCCUGAUCCUGAUCUUCACCACCGUCGUGGGCUUCGCCGGUCUUUUUUACACCUUCCUUCUCAUCGUCGCCCCCACGCCCCGCCUGCCCUUGCCCGCCGAGAAGACAUACCGCACCAUCCUCCCGGACGGCACCAUCAGCGACCCCAAGCAGCUGCCCUGCUGGCUGGACCAAUGGGCCGCGCGCAACAAGCUGGCCAAGCGCCAGGGCGCAUCCGCCGAAGAGGCCCACAAGAUCGACGAACCUGAGGUCUUCAUGUCGGUCGUGGUCCCGGCGUACAACGAGGAGCAGCGACUGGGCGGCAUGCUGGAAGAGGCUGUCGAGUUCUUGCAGCGCGAAUACGGUGACGCUCACGGCGCCGAGGUCGAGGCGCGUUCGCCAUCCGUCACGGCCAUGUCGCUGAACGGUGCCGGUGGCGAUGCUACCACGGCGGCGGCGGCGGCAGCGGCGGAGGCCUCGACUCCCGCUGCGCGCCGCGUCGGCUCCGGCUGGGAGAUUCUCAUAGUGUCGGACGGCUCCUCGGACCACACGGAGGAGUACGCGCUCAACUUCGCCCGCGACCACCAGCUCUCGCAGUACCCGACCCCCGUGCCUGGCCCGUGGAAGGCCAAGCCCGGCCCCACGCAUAUCCCUCACGGCUCCAUCAGAGUGAUCAGGCUGGAGCAGAACAGAGGCAAGGGAGGCGCAGUCACUCACGGCAUGCGCCACGUGCGGGGCCAGUACGUCGUGUUCGCCGACGCCGACGGGGCGAGCGAAAUUACGGAUCUCAAGAAGCUCGUGGCCGGGUGCCAGGAGAUCGAGGAUUCGCUGGGACGGGGCGUGGGCAUCGGCUCCCGAUCACACUUGGUGGGAAGCGAGGCGGUUGUCAAGCGCUCGAGACUACGCAAUUUCCUCAUGCACUCUUUCCAUCUGCUGCUUUGGGUCAUGACGCCGCCCGCGACGUCCAGGAUCAAGGACACACAGUGCGGUUUCAAGCUAUUUUCGCGUGCUGCUCUGCCUUAUAUCAUACCGUACAUGCACAGCGAGGGCUGGAUCUUCGACGUCGAAAUGCUCAUGCUCGCGGAGAGUGCGAGCAUCCCCAUGGCUGAAGUCGCCGUCGGCUGGAAGGAAGUCAUAGGUAGUAAGCUAAACGUUGUUUGGGACAGCUUAGGCAUGGCUUGGGGACUCGCUGUGCUACGCGCCAGCUGGAUAUUCGGAGUUUAUUCUCGGGCGUAA